ACUACACACACAUUCAGAGGAUGCUUUGGAUGUAAAAUAAAUAAGGAUGGGGAAAGAUCAGGAAUUACUUCAAGCGGUGAAGACCGAGGACCUGAUGACGGUGCAGAAGCUCCUGCAAAGGCCCAAACAUGGAAAAGCAAAGUUGCUGGGCUCUGCCAAAAAGGUGAACGUCAACUUUCAGGACACUGAUGGAUUUUCACCACUGCAUCACGCAGCCCUCAAUGGGAAUGUGGAGGUUAUAUCACUGCUCCUGGAGUCUCAGGCCAUAGUGGACAUCAGAGACCAGAAAGGGAUGCGGCCUUUGCAUUACGCAGCAUGGCAGGGAAAGUCUGAGCCAAUGAAGCUGCUGCUAAAGUCUAGUUCUUCGGUGAAUGGUCAAUCUGAUGAGGGUCAGAUCCCCCUGCACCUGGCUGCUCAACACGGACACUAUGACGUGUCCGAAAUGCUUCUGCAGCACCAGUCGAACCCCUGCAUAGUAGACAAUGCUGGGAAAACUCCACUGGACCUGGCUUGUGAAUUUGGCCGUGUUGGGGUGGUCCAGCUGCUCCUGAGCAGUAACAUGUGUGCAGCUCUGUUGGAGGCCAAGCCCGGAGACUCCACUGAUCCAAAUGGCACCAGCCCAUUGCAUCUGGCCGCCAAGAAUGGGCACAUCGACAUCAUCAGAUUGCUGAUUCAGGCUGGCAUCGACAUCAACAGGCAGACUAAAGCAGGCACGGCCCUACAUGAAGCAGCGUUGUGUGGGAAGACUGAUGUGGUGCGCCUCCUGCUGGAUAGUGGCAUAAAUGCAACAGUGAGAAACACAUACAGCCAGACAGCGCUGGACAUCGUUUACCAGUUCACAGCCACCCAGGCCAGCCGUGAGAUCAAACAGAUGCUGCGAGGUGAGACAAAACAACUGAAAAAUGCCUCAGCAGCCUUGCAGGUCAGGGCUGUGAAGGACUACUGCAACAAUUAUGACCUGACAAGCCUUAACAUCAAGGCUGGAGAUGUUAUUACGGUGCUGGAGCAACAUCCAGAUGGAAGGUGGAAGGGCUGCAUUCAUGAUAACCGCACAGGAAAUGACAGAGUGGGCUACUUCCCUUGCAGCAUAGUGGAGGUGAUCAGUAAGAGGCCCGGGACUACGGGUUCAUGGAGUUCAGUCACAUGUACCCAACAGUAUCAAAAGAUACAGCUCUGUGGGCCGGUGUGCGGCCCUGUGUCGCCCGCCGUUGCCAUGGUGAAUGGGGACUCGUAUCAUGAGAUUCAUAUCCUGCCGCCUCCUCCACCUCCGCCACCACAUUCCCAUCUGCCACUUUUUACUUCCUUUGGCUAUAGCAGGUCCCCAAACACCUCAGGAGAGCCACACAGUGGACAAGAUGCCAACAAUGACCCAGAUUUCAAUAGUUCUCGUGGCUCAGACUCCAGUCCACAUGGCUCACCCACCCCAGCCGGUGGUCACCAGGGAGGCAGCAGUGAGGAAAUCUGGGUGCUGCGCAAGCCUGUAGCAGGUGGAGACCGCAGUAGUGUGGGCAGCUCAGGCAGCGUGGCCAGUGCCCGAUCCUCUGGCAGUGGACAGAGCGCGGGCAGCAGCAGUAUUCUCCACGCACAGGCAGAGGGAGCCAAGCUUCUGGCCACAGUUUUGUCGCAGUCUGCCAAAGCUAAAGAACACCUGCUGGAGCAGACCAAGUCUCUGGAUCAAGUUCCAGCUUCUACCACCAAGGGACCUUCGUCACGUAGUCAGAGUUUGUCAAGCUGUCCCCUUCACGAGCAGCCGUAUGGAGAGGCGGUGUCCCAGAGGAAAGGGGAGGCGCAGUCCGAGGGCAAGAGCUCAGAAGCUGUUAUCCAAUGGCUGAGUGAAUUUCAGCUGCAGGUCUACGCUUCAAACUUCAUCAGCGCUGGCUAUGACAUUCCUACCAUUAGCCGAAUGACCCCAGAGGACUUAACGGCCAUUGGGGUGACUAAACCUGGGCAUCGAAAGAAGAUAACGUCUGAGAUAAACAAACUUGCUGUCAAUGAGUGGUUGCCUGACAAAAAACCAGCAAACCUUGGAGAGUGGUUAGCCAUGAUUGGACUGAGCCAAUACCACCAAGUACUGGUCCAAAAUGGAUAUGAGAACAUUGACUUUAUCACUGAAAUCACAUGGGAGGACUUGCAGGAAAUUGGCAUUACCAAACUUGGACACCAAAAGAAGCUUAUGCUAGCAGUGAAAAAACUAGCAGAGAUCCAGAAGGCCUCGAACGGUCGUAACACAUUGCGCAAAAAACCACCAGCAGCUCAGGAGGUGAUGACCAUUGAGAGCCCACCUCAUGACAGUGGAGAGUGCAUGUCUCCUAAAAUGAGCACUUUCCAGGACAGUGAACUGAGUGGAGAGUUACAAGCUGCCCUUACUCGCCCUGCUGAUUUGCAGGAUGGCCCAGAUGUGAGACCUAACAGCAUCUUGAGUGCACAGCAGCGAGCCCGCAGCCUGCAUGAGAGCAGCGUGAAUAAAAGCAAAGACUCUGAGGAAGUUAGCGGGCCACCAAGAAAAGAGGCACGAACUAUGCAUCAGAGCAGCCAAGGGGGUCAGAGAAGUGUCUCGUUAGCACAGCCAAAACCCCGCCAGUCUUAUCCACAAGGUGCAGGACCACCCUAUACUCCACCACAAACCCCAACUAAAACGAAACCUCCCAACUCACAGACUGUUGGCACCUCACAGGGUAAACAAAAACCUGGUCCUCAGAUGCUCCAGCAGACAGAAAAGACAGUGUCAUCUCGUUCUCACCCACAAACCCCCAAUCAGAGGUCCCAUCCCCACCAAACUGCCCAGCCUGUAGAAACCGUAGAGGCUACACCCCCAGGACCUGUCUCAGUGCCACUUCUGUGCCUCCCACCAGAAGGCGAUGAAAUAUCUGAUGAGCAUGGCCUGCCUAAAAAGCGUGCACAUAGCCUGAAUCGCUGUGCUGUGUCUGAUGGUGAACAGGAGCGUGAUGAUUUAAACGUACCAAAUUCAGGAGGAAAGUAUGCCACAGUGCAGCACCGGGUGGGACGCAGCAACUCCAUGAAAGGGCAGGCAGACAAGAAUGUCAAUCGAAGCCAGUCCUUUGCACUCAGACAGAAGAAAAAAGGCCCACCUCCACCUCCCCCUAAACGCUCUAGUUCAGCCAUCUCAAGCUCUAGCAGUAAUCUGACAGAAGUGCCCAAGGAGACAAGCAGCGGCCCUUUACUGGAGGUCCCCUACCAACCACAAAGGCGUGCCAGUGACCUUGGUGGCACUGUGGACACAGGCAGUGCAGGUAGUGUGAAGAGCAUAGCGGCCAUGUUGGAAAUGUCCUCCAUUGGUGGGGGUGCCAAGGGCUUGGCUUUGCAGAAAUCACCUUUUCACUAUCUGCAGGUGGGUGCUGCAGGAGGAAAGCAGCGUGAUGCUAUUGGGCUGGAUGGGGAAGUAGUGAACCGUCGCAGAACCAUUAGUGGGCCUGUCACUGACUUGGUAGCAGCUGCUAAGCGAGCACCACAGCCUGGGCCAGAGCCAGUUCAGGACAGACAGCUUAAUGACACCCAGCCAAGCUCCAGUGGGAGCUCAGCAGAGAACCUUCCAUUUGCUGAGGAUGGAAACCUCACCAUCAAACAAAGACCCACAGGCAAGGAUGAGGCUGAGGAGGGUGCAGACAUGCAGUAUGCUUCACCCCAGGAACAGGUUGCCCUUGUGGAUUCUACAGCCUUACUGAAAAGGGAAGUCCAGAGCACCAAGCAGCAACCCAAUGGCACAAAGUUUCACCUUAUAGAGUCAAACACUGUUAAGCGCCGACCCAAGAGCAAAGACAAAGAAGGAGAGGAACUUCAGGAUGGGCAGAUGCCCGUACCAUAUGAGAAUGGGACUGGUACCAUUAAAAGGCGGCCUGUGUCAGAGGUGACAGUUUCAGAGCAGCCCAGGCCACAGGAACAUCCUGAGAACUCGCCCCGUCGGGAUAGUGCAGACCUAGAUGGCAAUGUCACUGAGACUACCCCUCGUAAGACCGUCAAACCUCCAGUAUCUCCCAAGCCUGUUCUGGCCCAGCACAUGAAGAAGCAAGGUCCACCGGCUGCCAUCACCAAGAAAGUCCCACUUCCUGGACCAACUGGGGCACCUGGCAGUCCAGGUACUACACAGUGCGGUCCAUUCACUUGCCCUGUCUUUACACAAUUAUUUGAAGGAAAGAAAGUUCCUCCUCCGGUUUCACCGAAACCUACACCACCUCCUACAGCUCCCAAACCAUCCAAAAAUGUCCUGCAGUCUUUAAAUACAACACCUAACCCCACUCCCACACCCUCUCCAGCCAAGCCGACAGUCACCAGAAUGCCCAGCACAGCUUCUUCCCAACUCAACAAUUCUGUCAAGCCUACAACCCCACCAGCCCAGAGCCCUCACACACCCCAGACUGCACAUACCCCGCAGACACCUCAGACACCCCCAACCCCACAGACGCCCCAAACUCCCCAGACACCAGGUCCUACAACCCCAAUCCCCACACCUCCGCCUGUAAAGCCCCCUCGCUCUUCAAUUAGUGGGGUGUCCAUGGACAGUACAACUGGAUCAGGAUUUGUGGCAGGGGUAUUGACAGUGGAUGCAGUGCACCAGAAGAUAGAGGAGACCAAUGCCUCUCUGGCUGCAGCUCUGCAGGCAGUGGAGGAGAAGAUCAAGGAGGAUGGGCAGAAAGACUCAAUGGCUGAAAACAAGAGCACAGUGAGCAUACUAGAUGACAUCGGCAGUAUGUUCGAUGACCUGGCUGAUCAGCUGGAUGCCAUGCUGGAGUGAAGAGCACAGCCUGUGUCUCUGUGACACAACCUCAGGACCCCGGGAGAGCACAAGGGCACAAUGACCAACCACAAACCCUCUUAUUCCCUUCCUGCUUCUCAUCCUAUGCUUCUCUUAUCCCUUAUUUUUCCAGCUCCUUCCCCUUUGUCGUGAAACCUCCAUCUCUCCUUCCUCCCCAAGAUGGUUUGCACACACACUCGCUGAUGUACCUCAGGACUGGGCAGAAGACCAUCCAGGACUUUAGACAUCCAAGACAGAGCAGUGGGUGGAGAGGCAUAGGUUGGGUUUUAAUACACAAACCUCAACUGUCUGUUCUUUUCUAUUCAGAGUCCUUGGAAUAUCUCAGUCUACCAUGAGCAAUGACUAGAAAAAUAUAUGAAAACAAUAAUAACUGUAUAUGAAAAAAAUAGUAUGGUAUGUGUACAUUGUAAGCAUGAGGAAAGUUUGUAUCUAUAAAGUAAAAUAAUCUCAUAGUGAGAGUCAUGCAUUAGUACAGGUCUAUAAAUAUAUAUGUAUAAAUAUGAAUAUAAAUAUUUUAUGUUUUUAUUUCAUGUUAAAUGGUACAUACAGUGUUAAAACAUUAAGAAAUCUAUAAACUUUGAUGACAGAUAUGUGGAUUUUUCUAAAAUUAUAGUGGAGUUUAAAAAAAUAUUAAGGCUGGCAUAAACAUCCCGUAUGUUUGGCUGUGCUCUGUUGGAGAGUGUUGUAUGUGGGCUGUGUUGAAUGUAGUGACUGAAGCGGCUGUUCGAACCCCUGCUCUAUGCUUGCUCUCUGGGCUCCCGCUCUUUGCUGCUGUGACCCGUUUCCAUCUUCCCUGCCUGUGUGAACUCGUACAUUCCUGCCCCUGCACAGUCGAUCCCCUUUCCCUCUCUCUUUCUGCAGUCAUCAUGUGCAGUGUCCCGUGUGCCUUAAUGUUAGAGGUGACCUCAGUGCUGCUAACACAUGCAAGUGAACAGACGUCAAGCCGAGACGGGCUAUGUGUCCAUGUGAGAGGCGUUGACUCAAGCCAGUGGGAUGGGCCUGUGUGCUCUGAUUUGGCAAGUAGGACUUCAUCUUUGGACACCUUUAUGUCUCACCCACCUGGAGCAGGGUAGUACUCGGUGUAGGCUUUUGUAGGCUGUAUGACUGGACUCAUAGUUACAGGUUAGCACAAAAGGAACGGUCUUCAGUUGAGGUCCAAUAAUAAUCGAGGGCUUUAAGAAGGUGGGACAUUACAGGAAGCACAAAACAAAAGUGUGAAAAUGUGUGAAUGUGGCAUAGGUGAGUCAUAUUACACAAGCAAAAGUGUUGUUGUACUGAAUCUCUGGUUGUGAGACCUCAGAUAGAAGACGACUCCAAGUGGGAUCUGCACCGGAUCCUUGCCGAAGUCGGCAGUUUCGGUGCAAGUCCCACUUGGAGUCGUCUGCUGCCUUGGACUACAGGUGAUCACAGCUGAGCUGAUUUUCAGUACAGCAGUGCAAGGGACAUGUCAUAUUGUUUUUAUACAACAGUUCUGUAAAAAAAUCGAAUGUACAUAAUAUGUACUACAUAUUAGAGUCAAGAAUCACCACUUGGCCAAUCAAAUUAGAGCAGUGGUUCUCAACGUUAUUCCUGGGGUGCGUUCCACUCCAGUUUUAGACACACACUCGCGAACUUCCCUAAGCACUUCCCCUCGGGGAAUCCCUGUCGCCAUUUUGAAGUGCGUUCCACUUCGUCAAGUGGACGAGGGAAGUUUGUAUGGACAGCCCCUCGCUCCCUCGAUUUUGACCGAGGAAGCGAGUCUGCUCAUAUGUACACUUCAGGCAGCUUCAUAUCCCACAAUGCAGCACGAUUGUGACGUCACUUCAGCAACUCGCGCUUUGCACAUGGAGGGGGCAGUCUCCACUUUCCAUGUGAUCAAGGGCUUAGGGCGAUCCAUUUGAACCCACUUCAAGUGUUCUAGCACUAGUGGGCACUCGUACAACGUAAGCAAUGACGUACAUCCGAGUGAAUGAGACUGAGGGAAGUUAUCGAGGGAAGUUCAUAAAAAAACGAACUGGAACGCAGGGCUGGAGGACCACUGCUCUGCACAUUUUGUAGGUCUCCCUUAUUUAUCACACCUGAUUCAAAUCAUCAGCUCAUUAGUAGAGAUCUCCAUGAACUGAACUGAGUCUGUCAAAUAAGAGAGAGAUACAAAAUGUGCAGAGCAGUGGGCCUCCAGGAACAGAGUUGAGAAGCACUGAAUUAGAGGAUGGGAACUGUUAUAUAAAGCAACAAUAUAAAGAAACAUGCAUGUAAGAUCUUGUGGACUGAGAGUGUUGCAGUGAACUAACAAGGAUUGUUUGCCAUGACGAAGGGUUUGUGUUGGACGGCUGUAGUUCUACUGGAAGCCUGCAUGCAGUCUAAUGUCAGCACAUUGCUGUUAAUGGGUGUGAAUGUACCAUGGUGUGCCUGCUUUGUAUUGCAUUCCCCCAAUAUCGUCUAGACUAACAGUUUCUUAAUGACCAAAGCAAGAGUCUGAGUCCAAGAUGCAAUGAAGCUUGGGUAUGUUAUCCAUCAUAAAAGUAUUUAGGUUUUCACAUAGAAUCACAUUACUGCAGAUGGCCAUUUUGUAGACUCAACAAUGCUUAUUUUAGUUAAAAGUGCAUUGGUGUUUGUAUAGGCAUUUAACAUGCAUUAUUUGUAGUGACUCGGCACAGCUUGCUGUUAUGACAGCCCAAGUCUCUGAAUGUCAUUAUCUCAUUGCCAGCAAAAUCACAGUCUGUCAUUACUCUGUUAAACAUCUUUAAUGUUGCCAUGACAAUCUGCUUGCUUAUUAUUUGAAUUGUCACAUUAUCCAAAAGAUAAAACGAAAAAGGGAACAUUUUUAAGGAAAACGACUGUCUUGGGUCCCACGAUGCAUUUACACACAGAAGCUACAUGUGCUUAAUCCCUUCCCAGGUUAUUGAGAAAGAAUAUUUGUAAUAUUUAAGUUAUGAAGAGAGAUUAUUAUAGAUGUUUUCGAGUAUUUAAUGAUGAGGCUUUAAUGGGGCUUGUUGAUGAAACUGCAAAUAUUUGAGAUAAGAGUUUAAAGUGUCUUCUGGGUUCAAAGUGUUUUAAAUGAAUUGUAAAUGGUCAUUUUUAGGAAUCCAGUUUUCUUUUUUUAAGAGCUUUUUGUGAUAAGUUUUUUGACUGCCAUGUCUUCAGAUGAAAUAAGUUGUGUAUAUUAUGCCGUUUUUUUAAACAUGUAUGUGCCUUGCGUUAAUUCUUUUUAUUUUGUCCUGAAGUCUUUGGUGCGUAGAUGAUAUGUCGCUCAGCUUUGUCCACCAGAUGUUCACAAUUAUCUUUCUUUUGUUGUGGUCUGUCAUAGCUAUAGCUUUUAUAAAAGCUUUAUCAUGCCCACUGCUUCAAAGGACUAGUAUUAAUUCAGUUGUUAAAACCCCGCUCCCUUCUUCUUGUGUAAAUAUAGGUGGACGUUUGUUAAUGUGGAACUUCAUGCCUUUUUACAUUUUAUUUUUCUCAUUCCAUGCAUUUUCUCGAAAAAACAUUUGCUUGUUUUUCUUUAGUCUUUUUUAAUACCCAAAGGAGGGGGGGGGGCAAUGAAAAAUAAUGACGUUCUGAAAACACUGAAGUCAAACUUAUUAUUGGUGCAAGAUGUUAUUUAAUAAUGAAAGCUGUUUUCGAUUCCAUCCUAUUUACAGAGACAUUUAAAAAAAAAAUCUGCACUGCUCAAUGUGUGCAGGCUGUAUAUUGUGUUGAUGUUGUAUGAUACCUGCUGUGACUGGCAUUGAGAACAGUGGUGUGCUUGCAGUGACUGCAUCAACAGCCACCUGCUCUAAAUAAACAUUAUAUAUAUAAACA